AUGUCCAUGAAAGCAUCGACCUCGAGCGCGCCCGUGGCGCACAAUGCGCUCCCACCUCCCUCUACCGCGUCAGCAUCACGCUCGUCGCGGAUAGCUCCUCAUUCACACAUCAAAGGCCUGGGGCUCACUGUGGAAGGCCUUGCAAACAUAGAUGCAGCGGGUUUCAUCGGGCAGGUCAACGCACGGGAGGCGUGUGGAGUGGUCGUCGACCUGGUCAAGUCGCGAAAAUUCUCUGGCCGCGCAUUGUUGCUGGUCGGUGCACCAGGGACCGGAAAGACUGCGCUAGCACUCGCCAUAUCGCAAGAGCUCGGUGCGAAGGUUCCUUUCUGCCCCAUGGUCGGUUCGGAAGUGUACAGUACAGAGGUGAAGAAGACGGAGGUGCUUGCGGAGGCGUUCCGACGUGCCAUAGGCCUGCGAAUAAAGGAGACGAAGGAGGUGUACGAGGGCGAGGUGACCGAACUCACGCCGACCGAGUCCGAGAACCCUCUGAGCGGGUACGGAAAGACCGUCUCUCAUGUCAUUGUUGGGCUCAAGACUGUCAAGGGUACAAAGCAGCUCCGUCUUGACCCGACCAUCUACGAGGCAAUUCUCAAGGAGAAGAUUGUCGUUGGCGAUGUGAUUUACGUCGAAGCCAACACGGGUGCAGUCAAGCGCGUAGGUCGAUCAGACGCGUAUGCAUCCUCAUAUGACCUCGAGUCGGAGACGUAUGUCCCCCUGCCAAAGGGUGAUGUGCAUAAACGCAAAGAGCUCGUGCAGGAUGUCACACUCGGCGACCUCGAUGCGGCGAAUGCGCGGCCACAAGGAGGACAAGAUAUCAUGAGCGUCAUGGGGAGCCUCGUCAAGAGCGGGCGAACAGAGGUCACAGAAAAGCUGCGGCGAGAGGUGAACAAAGUUGUGAAGGGCUAUGUAGACCAGGGUGUGGCGGAGGUGGUUCCGGGCGUGGUGUUUAUCGAUGAGGUGCACAUGCUCGACAUCGAAUGCUUUACGUACUUGAACGCGCUAUUGGAGUCCCCUAUGGCUCCGACCGUAAUCCUUGCCACCAACCGAGGAAAUGCCCUCGUGCGCGGGACAAGCGACAUCGUUGCACCUCACGGGAUCCCUGUCGACCUGCUUGAUCGAUGUUUAAUUGUCAAAACAGACGGCUAUUCUCACGAUGAGGUUGCCAAGGUCGUUCAGCUCCGUGCAGGAGUUGAGGGACUUCAGCUUGGACCCGGAGUUCUUGACAAGCUAGCUCAGCGAGGGGAAACAAGUUCUUUGAGAUAUGUCCUACAACUCCUUACGCCCGCAUCAAUCCUUGCUAGUCUUGCAGGACGCAAGCAAAUUGAACUAGAAGACAUUAACGAAAUGGGCGAAUUGUUCCUGGAUGCAAAGACGAGCGCGGCCGCGAUUGGUACAGGAGAGCUGGCCGCCGAUAAAACUGCAUGA